AUUCGUCAGCAGGGAGAAUCAGCCAGAUAGCUGCUGGUAAAAAGACAAUUUGAUUUAGCUCUUCGGCGGUAGGAGGUGCUCAUCCAUCCUUGUUUAGUUAUCUUCCUAUCGCCUUUAUUGAGUGUGAUUCUAGUCAUUUAUCAUUAUCAUAUUCCUCAAAAGUGGUGUACGCGUUAUCUCACGUUUUGGUCGCAUUAUUACUGAGAAUCAGCAUAUCUGUUAUUCUGGUUCAGUGGUUAGCAGCAAGUGUGGUAAAAGAUGUCUCGUUGUUUGUCGAUAUUUCAUAUUCAGGACUCGAUGUUAAGGCUCAGAAAGACAUAUCAUUGAACUGCCAGAAUCUAUAUAUAUAUCUACUAGAUUAGAGACUAGGCAGUUCUGGCUGGCUGCCUGCUACACUUCUCAGCGCUGAACAUGCAAAAUGUCGGACAUCGAGAAACAGCUUUCCGAGAUCCCUCAACCGGCAUCCAAAAGCGAAGUAAUCACUGGAUAUACUGAGGAGAUCAAGACAUACGACUCGCGAAUCUGGAAGUUUGUCCGGUUUCUCCAUGCCGAGGAGACCGGCGUUGAACGCAUCCCAGAUGACUUGAGGACAAAUCACAGCGAGUAUUCCAUAGGAAUCCUCUUUACAGCCAUCAACAUGGUGUACCUGGGAAUCUCUAUUGGGGUGAAUGGGAUUACUGCCUAUGGCCUCACAUUCUGGGAUUCGGUCUUGUGCAUUAUAUUUUUUAAUAUCAUCGGCUUCCUUCCCGUGGCGUAUAUGUGUACAUUUGGUCCAACAUUUGGGAUGCGCCAGAUGGUGGUCUCUCGCUUCUGGGUUGGCUACCAGACCAUGAGACUCUUUGCUGCAAUUAAUUCAUGCAUUUGCAUCGGAUGGGCAGUGCUGAAUCUAGUUGCUGGAGCGAAUCUGCUGCACACUCUGGGUCACAGCGCAUUACCUCCGUGGGCAGCGAUUAUAAUCAUGACGGUGGGCACAUUGUUUGUGACUGCCCUGGGGUACAAGGCCAUCCACCUCUUUGAACGGUGGGCCUGGAUACCAACAUUUCUAGUUACAUUCGUUAUUAUUGCGAGAGUUAAGAUAUCAGGCUCAUUCUCACCCGGAUAUAUGUCUGCUGGGCGUGCAGAGGCGGGUGCGGUACUCUCAUACGGUGCAGCCCUGUUCGGUAAUGCGUCCGGCUGGACCUUAUUCGCCUGUGAUUACACCGCAUAUAUGAAGACGACUACCUCAAAAUUGAAGCUGUCUUGCUCUGUCAUGUUCGGUUGCUUAUUUACGACGAUGUUUCUGCAACUGGUCGGGGUAUCGGCCGCAGCCUGCUUGAAUUCGAAUCCACUCUACAAGAAGAUGUAUGACGAGUUUGGAGCCGGCGGACUCUUCUAUGCCAUUCUGGUUGAGGACUCUCUGGGACGCUUUGGCCAGUUUUGCAUUGUCCUACUGGCUCUGACCUUGACUACAUGCAACAUAGCAUGCGUAUACUCCUCGUCUCUUUCUGCACAGGCAGUCUGCUCUAGGUUUCGACUUCUCCCUCGAUUUUAUUGGGUUCUACUAGCCAACGCUGUUGCGCUAGGCGUAAGCAUACCAUGCUACUAUCGGUUCACAGAAGUACUGUAUGAUUUCAUGAGUCUUCUCUCAUAUUUCAUAUCACUCUAUAUCGGCAUCGUUCUAUCCGAGCACUUCCUAUACCGACGUCAACGUGGCUAUGCACCGGAUACUUACAUGGCUCCGGAAAAACUUCCUGUUAGCUAUGCAGCUCUGUUUGCCUUCUGCUGCGGGGUUGCAGGCGCCGUUAUCGGUAUGAGCGAAGCGUGGUGGACAGGGCCUCUGGCGAAAGCGAUCAGUGAAGAUGUCCCAGGAGACAUUGGGUUUCAAUUAUCAUUUGCAUUUGCAUUUAUAGGACAUGCGAGUAGUCGGUGGGCGGAGCUGAAAUACAUAGGAAGAUAG